UCCUUUUCUAACUUCAACAUUCAACUUCAAUACAUUUCAACUCUCUCUUUCUCUCAAGCCUUUAUAUAAACCCUAUACGUACCUACGUACUCUCCUCACACACUCACCGAGUCAAAACCCUCUACGUACGUACUCUCCUCACACACUCACCGAGUCAAAACCCUCUACGUACGUACUCCCUCACACUCACUGAGUCAAUCCCCACGUGCCAAUGACCGAGUCAUCCAUCUCCUCCCUCAAACAACCGUCUCCAGUGCAAGAAAAUGAAGAGUCCCAUCGAACAAAUAACAACAAGAAACGGGUUAGACCCGACCCGGGUUAUAGAGGCGUACGGAUGCGAACGUGGGGCAAAUGGGUCUCCGAGAUCCGUGAGCCACGCAAGAAGAGCCGUAUCUGGCUCGGCACAUUCUCCACAGCCGAGAUGGCGGCGCGUGCGCACGACGCAGCUGCUUUAACCAUCAAAGGAGCCUCCGCUGUCCUCAACUUCCCGGAGCUCGCCACGUUCCUUCCUCGUCCAGCUUCCUCCUCUCCACGUGACGUUCAAGCCGCAGCCGCCGUAGCCGCCGCCAUGGACUUCUCCUCCUCCUCCUCCUCAGCCGUCGUGAUCUCUGAUCCCACCACCGUGGUCCCGGAGACAAACUUAUCUUCCUCGAGUAGCUACUCGACGUCUACGUCGACGUCUUCAACGUUGUCACCGUCGAGCGAGGAAGCAGCUUCGUCAACGGCGGAAGAGCUGAGCGAGAUAGUGGAGUUGCCGAGUCUAGAGACGAGUUACGAUGAGCCGUGGAGCGAGUUCGUGUACGUUGACCCGGCGUAUCCACCUAGCUCGCCUUGGUAUUUUAAUAACUGUUAUAGCUUUUAUUACAACAGCGACGAAAGUGGCACUUCGAUGGGUGAACCUUUCGAGUCUUCCAAUUUUUGUCCCCUUUUCCCUUAGUGUUUAAAUUUUUAUUUAAUCCCAACUUGUUUUAAAAUUUUAUUGUUGUAGACCAAUUUCUUCUGAGGUUUAUUUAAUUAUUGUUUUCACAAACAGAGUUUAAUAUACUCCAUUAAAC